UGCUGGGGACUUCGGCUUCUUGAAGACCAAGAUGAAACUGCGACAGGGCUCAUUCCUGUGGUACUUGUACCUGGACAAGAUCUACUGCUUGCUGUCGGUGAGGAAUGUCAAGGCCUUGGUGGAGUACUUCCACCUGCUAGACGCACACCAGAGCAACACUUUGAAUGAUGUGUUGUUCUACCACUUCCUCAAGCACGUGACCAACUUGAAACAGACACAGAUCAAGACCGUGUUUGACAUGUUUGACUGGAAUGCAGUGGGCGAAAUCGGCUUCGAGCAGUUCUAUGUGCUGGUCUGUAUACUGCUGUCACACCAGAACCAUCUGGAAGAACAAUUUAUGUACCGGCAUUCCCGGCCUGUUUUUGACCUGCUUGACGUGGACGGGGAGCUGAGAAUUGCAGCGCACAAUUUCCACACAUACAGAUUUCUCUUCAAUAUCAAAAAGCAGGAACUCAAAGAGCUCUUUCAUGAUUUUGACAUCACUGGUGACCGUCGUCUUAACUACAAGGAAUUUAAACUCUACACUAUCUUCUCCAUUGACAAAUCUCAGGAGAGACAGAAAGCAGAGAAAGAAAAACAUGAUGAAAGAGAGAAGCAGCAAGAGAAGAAGGAGAAAGACAAAGGGAAGUGGAAGUCUCUGCUCCUAAGGAGACUGUCACGUCAAGUAGGUGUGAGUCCUCAGGGUCAUUUGGAAAAAAUGAGAAUUGACUAAAAUGGUUACCUUGUCUACAAAUAAACUUAGAGUAUCC